CCCAAAAGCCAGCCAAACGACAAAUCACACCCCAAUUCUCCCGUCGUUUUCACCCCCUCGCAUCGCGCAUUAUUAAGAGAGGAUCAAGAUCGCCCACGAAGACACAACCAGAGAGAGAGAGAGAGAGAGAGGGAGAGGGAGGGAGAGAGAGAGAGAGAGAGAGAGAGAGCAAAGCCCACCGCACAUACCCGCCAUGAAUGAUCAUACCUCACCAUUGCCAUCAUCUUCGUAGGGACACAGACACACACAUACAAUAGCCGACAGUACUCUCUUAGUGCUUCUCUCUCGUAAAAACAGUACGGAUCCCAUCGCCAAAACCAUGCCCACCCUGGCACGCAUUGGAACGGCCAUCAUCGACGUUGUGAGCUUCGUGGUGUUCUCCCUCCUCGAUGUCCUUGAUGUGGUCCUGUGCUUCGCCUACCGGGUGGCGGACUUCUUCAUCGAGUCGGAGUGGAAGCCGUGCUACUGCUCGUCGCCGAGGGAGGCCAUCCCCACCAACGGCGGCGACAUCCUGCUCUCCGCGCAAGGCGAGUCCAAGAUCGUCCGCAUGACGAGCUCGAGCAAGGUCCAGAUGGAGGACGUCUCCGACACGCUCUACGUGCGGGCCUCGCGGGUGACCGAGGCCUCGAACUCUGCUGUCAAGAGGCUUAACAGCAACAACGGCAGGAACCACGCCGGUCAUAAUCAUAAGAAGAAGACCGGCAGUCCUGGGGCACGGUCCAGCUUUGUGGUGAAUUCGACCGUCGUCGAGAUGCUUCAUGGAAGGAUGGCCGGGCAGAAAUCGCAGCCGAUUCCCAGGUGGUCGGAUUGCGAUUGCCAACUUUGCAAUUCCUGGUCGUCUUCUGGUAGCAAGACCCUCUACGUCAAAUCCGCCGGCGGUACAGGGGGCAAGACAAAUGAGGAUGUCGUGUUCAUCCACGGCUUCAUUUCCUCGUCGGCAUUCUGGACGGAGACGCUGUUCCCGAACUUCUCAGAGGAGGCAAGCUCGAUGUACCGGUUCUUCGCGAUCGACCUCCUGGGCUUCGGGAGGAGCCCGAAGCCGGCCGAGUCGCUGUACACGCUCAAGGAGCACGUGGACAUGAUAGAGAAGUCGGUGUUGGAGCCGUACAAGGUCAAGUCGUUCCACAUUGUGGCUCACUCCUUAGGUUGCAUUUUGGCCCUCGCGCUCGCGGUUCGGCGCCCUAAGUCAAUCAAGUCCUUAACUCUACUCGCACCGCCCUAUUUUCCAGUGCCGGAGGGAGAAGAAGCGACGCAAUACGUGAUGAGGAGGGUUGCUCCGAGGCGCGUGUGGCCAUUGAUCGCCUUCGGGGCAUCGAUGGCUUGCUGGUAUGAGCACGUCAGCCGUACGAUUUGCCUGCUCAUAUGCAAGAACCACCGGGUGUGGGAGUUUCUCAUCAAGCUAGUCACCAGAAACAGACUUAGGACAUAUUUGGUCGAAGGCUUCUGCUGCCACACCCACAAUGCUGCGUGGCACACCCUCCACAACAUCAUUUGUGGCACGGCCGGCAAGCUCGACAACUACCUUGACACAGUCCGAGACCGCCUGAAGUGUGAGAUCAACGUCUUUCAUGGCAAGGAUGACGAGGUAAUCCCUGUGGAAUGCACUCACAACGUGAAGAGGCGGCUGCGCCGAGCCAACGUGAAGGUGAUGGAGCGGGAGGAUCACAUCACGAUAGUCGUCGGGAGGCAGAAGGAGUUCGCGAGGGAGCUGGAGGAGAUCUGGGGGAGAUCGAGGGGUUAGCCAAGCAAAUGGGAGCACCAUUUAAUAAGUUCAAAUCGAUUGAGGAGAGAGCAAUUUGCAAUGCAUGGAUCGAUAAAGUUAUCCCUAAGAGAUCCGAAGGCCUUCACCAUCGUCAUCAAGUCUUUUUUUUUCCUUCCUUUCAACGGGUCAAGCUUCUAAUGGAGUAUAUAUAUAUAUAUAUAUAUAUAUAUAUAUAUAUAUAUACAUAGGCGUAUAUUAUGCCAUUGCCAAGUAUAAAAAUAUAUAUAUGGGCGCGUAGGAUGUUAGAUGACCAUUCGUCCAUUGUUGUUAUACUGCAAGAUAAAGUAUGAUAGAACAUCAUCAUGCUUGGCCUGGUUUAAGGAGGCAUCUCCUUUUCCUUUGUUUUCUUUUUGUGGAGCUUGUUUGUAUUGCCGUUGUGUAUGUUAAAAGAAAUGGAAAAUAAUCGCAGUCAUCCUUGCGAAUCGACUUUCUAUA